UCGUAAUGCUAUAAUAAUCGAAUGCAAAAAUACUCAUCCGGUUUAUUUCAUCAAAAUUUGGUGUAUUAAAUAAGUUCAAUUACUAGGCAAUAAAUUCCUAAUUCCCAUAUACAAAAUGAAAGACACAAAGCCCUUUCCGCCGCUGAAGAAUGAUAAUUUGUUGCGUGCCGCACGAGGCGAGGUCGUCGAUCGUGUCCCUGUUUGGGUGAUGCGCCAAGCCGGACGCUAUUUGCCGGAAUUUCAGGAGUUGCGCAAACAACACGAUUUCUUUACGGUCUGCCGCACACCAGAACUGGCCUGCGAAGUGACAAUGCAGCCGUUGCGUCGCUUUGAUCUCGAUGCCUCCAUCAUAUUCUCGGACAUAUUGGUUAUCCCACAGGCACUCGGCCUGACCGUGGAGAUGCAUGCCGGCGUUGGUCCCGUGUUGCCGCAACCCAUUUGCACACCGGAUGACCUGAAGCGUUUGACGCCGGACGGCGCUCUGUCGCGUUUGACCUAUGUGGGCGAUGCCAUUACCAUGAUGCGGCAUAAGUUGGAUGGUCGUGUUCCGCUGAUUGGGUUUACGGGCGCACCUUGGACUCUGAUGGGCUAUAUGAUCGAGGGUGGCGGCAGUAAGACUAUGUCCAAGGCCAAGGCCUGGCUAACCGAUUACCCAGAGGACACCAAACUCUUUUUGAAUCUGAUUACCGAUGUAAUUGUGGACUACUUGGAGAUGCAGGUGAUGGCUGGCGCUCAAAUGUUACAGAUCUUUGAGUCAUCUGCCGAGCAUCUGAGCAAGGAGGAGUUUUUGGUGUGGUCAACGCCCUAUUUGCGUCGCAUACGCAACGAUCUGGUGGAGCGUCUCACCAAAAAGGCGGUGCCAUUAGUGCCACUGACAAUUUUUGCCAAGGGCGCUGGCCAUUCGCUCAAGGAGCAAAGUGAGCUGGGCUACGAUGUCAUUAGUCUGGAUUAUACGGUGGAUCCGGUGGAAGCUCGUGCGCAGGUCGGACCAAAUAUAACACUACAGGGCAAUCUCGAUCCACAGGAUAUGUAUCGUGAGCCUGGCGAGUUGCGCACUUUAACAACUGAAAUGGUUCAUAAAUUUGGCAAAUCGCGCUAUAUUGCCAAUCUGGGGCAUGGCAUAACGCCACAGACGCCCAUUGUCAGCAUGGAGACACUCGUGGAUGCAGUGCAUCAAGCGUUAUAAAUAGCAAUUAAAUUGUAAUGUUUUCUACAUUAUAUUACUAUAUGUUAAGCACAACUUUUGGCCUUGGUUUAGGGUAAUAAACUGUAAAACGUGGAAACUUAAAA